AUGGAGUCAUACGUCAACCCCCUCUCCCUCUCCUCGGCAAGCUAUGCCGCCGAGCUUGCUGCCCCCUCCUCUGCUAACCGCAGCCUCAGUCGGUCUCGUCGCCGCGGCCAGGCUUGCAUUUAUGACGACGACGAGGACAGCCGCCUAGUGGCCCGGGCUGUCGAUGACAUCUGCGGCCACCCCUUCUGGAGCCAGGCCAGUCUACUAGACAACAUGGGAGCCAACCGCGCAGCGGUCCCGGCCUCCGGGGACGGGUACUCGGGUCCUUUUGUGGCCCUUCCGUCCCAAAUCGCGGACCGCGUCUCGGGGCUGAUCAGCAGUCCCCGCGUUCCGCCGCAUCGCAGCGGCCUUCGACCUGGCAAGAGCUGUCUCAAGUCAUCGGCAUCAAGGGUGUCGUCUUCUGCGAGCAAAAAACAGGUCAGCUUCCAACACGGGUUGGAAGAUCUCAAGCUGCGGUGUAUGAUCACCGGCCAAGUCCACCCGCCCAAGUUCCGUGACAGGAAGCAAUACAAUCGGGACAUCUACGAGCUGCGUGAGGCGAAUGCCUGCGCUAAGCGUGAAUCGGAAAGUGGAGAGAUUGCGUUGUCGGGGGGCUACGAGCCGGUGAUGGGGGUGUCACCCGAGCAAGAUCUGGAGGCAGCCCAGUAUCUUGCCGAGUUAAGGGAGCUCGAGUGGGGAGCUGCGAUGGCCAAGGUCAUCGCUAAGAUCGACAAGGCGCGCAGCACCCGUGUCCCCAGCAAGAAGCACCGCCAUCUCCAUCCGGAGGUGGUGGCCUCUCGCCGGCACAACCGUGCCGCGCGGGAGUCUCGCCUCUUGCCGAGCCUCCCUACCCCCGCCUUCGCCUUCGCCAACCCACUUUGCGGGGGUCGCCGCUUUGGGGGUUAG